UGAUGAAGUUACUAGUCAACAUGCAUGAUGCAUUAUAAGCAAAAAAGAUAUUAAAAAAUAGGUUUUGAAAUACUGAUCUACAUAUUGAUAUGGCGUCACAGUCCGCCAAGAUACUGGUAGCAGCCAUAGACUUUGGGACUACCUACUCAGGUUAUGCCUUCUCAUUUAAACAUGAUUUUGAACAAGAUGCAUGCAAGAUAUCUUCACAUAACUGGCCUGCUGCUUCCCGUGGUUUGGUCUCCUUAAAAACACCAACAUCCAUAUUACUGAACCCUCAAGAAGAGUUUGAUUGUUUUGGUUAUGAUGCUGAAGAUAGAUACACAGCACUUGCCAAUGAAGAUCUACACAAAAAUUGGUUUUACUUUAGAAGGUUUAAGAUGAUGCUUCAUGGAUCAUUGGGAAUAAAGAGAGAUGUAAAAGUGAAAACAUUUGAUGGCCAGAAAGAGUUACCAGCUAUGAAAAUCUUUUCUGUUGCAAUCAAAUAUCUAAAGGAUCAUCUAAUGGAAACAUUAAAUAAGAGAAAUACAGGUGUGCGUCGAGAUGAUAUCCAAUGGGUCCUUACUGUUCCUGCUAUCUGGAAUGACCCUGCAAAGCAGUUUAUGCGAGAGGCAGCAGAAAAGGCAGGUAUUGAUGAUCUAAUUAUUUCCUUAGAACCAGAGGCUGCCUCUUUGUUUUGUAAAUACAUGCCAAUAGAGAAGGGAACAGAUGACUUCAAAACAUUCCAACCAGGAAAUAAAUACAUUGUACUAGACUGUGGAGGUGGUACUGUGGAUAUUACUGUUCACCAGGUACAACAAGACAAGACAUUAAAGGAGCUUUUCAAGGCAAGUGGUGGUGCUUGGGGAGGUACCCAAGUUGAUGAAGCAUUCAAGCAACUCAUUAUAAAAAUUGUAGGCAGCCCAGUUUAUCUUAAUUUUUGUGAGAAAAAUGCAGCAGAUUUUGUAGACAUGUUUAGAGAAUUCGAACUAAAAAAGAGAGGCUUUAGUGGUGAAGGGAAUAAACAAAUAACAAUCAAAAUUCCAGUUUCUUUACAAGAAACAUUUGAAGAAGAUACCGGUGAAACAAUUCAAGAGGUCUUGGGUCAGACCUCAUUAUCAGGAAAAUUGAAAUGGGCUGGUGAUAAACUACGAAUCAACUCCCUCCUAUUUUCCACAUUUUUUGACAAAGCAACAAUCAACAUCAUUGAGCACUUGAAAAAAUUGCUAAAAGAACCAGAAGUUGUGGGAACUACUAACAUUAUCAUGGUAGGGGGAUUUUCAGAAUCUCCUUUGAUACAGAGAAAGGUAAAAGAAGAAUUUCCAAAUAUGCAUAUAUUGAUCCCUGCAGAGGCUGGGCUUUCUGUGUUAAAGGGAGCUGUCAUAUUCGGUCAUCUUCCAAAAACAAUUGCUUCUCGUAAAGCAAAAUAUACCUAUGGAUUAGCAACACUGACAAAAUUUGUCAAAGGAAAACACAGGGAAGACAAAAAAGAAACCUUUGGCAAUCAAGUUAAAUGCAAAGACAUAUUUAGUAUUCAUGUGGAGAAAGGACAAACCUUAGAACUAGAUGAGGCACAGAGUGACCGAAGUUACAAUCCAGUAGAUCCGGAACAAAAGGAAAUUGUUUUCCAGUUUUACAUUUCUGACAGAGAUGAUCCUAUGUAUGUCACCGAUUCUGGCUGUACUCAUAUUGGUAAGAUGGAGGUGAAAAUUCCUGACACAACCGGUGGACUUGAUAGGCAGGUGACAGUUCAGUUGAUAUUUGGUGGAACUGAACUUAAAGUCAAAGCCAUCAUUCAAAAGACAAAAAAAGAAGUUUUUGCAAAAUUACAAUUUCUUGACCAAGAUUAGUGCUCAAACCAAUAUUUCUCAUUACUGCCUUAAAAAAAAUCCAAUUUACUUGAGGCUUUUUCUAUUUAUCAAAAGAAAAAAAUAAGAUCAUAAAGUUUGUUUUUUCAUGAUAUAUUUUGGUCUAAGAUGUACACUAUUUAUUUAUGUAUAAAGCUAAGACGUAAUUUGUAUUUUCAGUUUACAUUAUACAGUGGUGACCAUGUUCUAGAUAAUUAACUUUAUUAUAACUUUUAUGUUUUACCAAUUAAAUUUCUUCAAGGAACAUUUGAACAAGAAAAUAUUCCUUAGUACUAGACCUAAAGCUUAAAACCUAAAUUUAAUCACCUUUUAUAGAAUUUUGUUUGUGAUGAAAUUGAUGUGAUAUCAAAAGACUUUAAUUGUAAUUAACCUCAUCUAAAAAAUAUCAUAUCUUAUCAUAUGUAAAUAUGUUUUCUUCUAUAUAGGAAUGAUGUAUUGAUUAAAUAAUUUUAAAAAAUAUUUGAUAACAGCUAUGAAAACAAACUUAUAGCUACAACAUUUAUACAUGGAUCAAUUGGAAACCCUUUUGUCAAAACAGUAUUCUUCAUUCGAUUGUCAUCUUCAUCAGGAGAGCAAUUUAACUCAUGGUUCAGUCAGGUUUCUUUAGACAUCAAAAACUUUUUUCUAACUUUCAAGGAAUUCUAUGAAAUUUUGACAAACACAUUUUUAGGACAAAAACACAAUAUCCAGAUUAAAAUUUUGAAUAUAUGUCUUUCCUUUUUCCAUGUUUUUGUCGAGCCUGCAACUUUUGUUGCAGAAAGCUCGACAUAGGGAUAGUGAUCCGGCGGCGGAAGCGGCUACGGUGGCGGUGUUAGCUCACUUCUUAAAAGCAUUAUUUUAUAGAAGGUGGAAGACCUGGAUGCUUCAUACUUUGUAUAUAGAUGCCUCAUGUUACGAAGUUUCCGUCAGUCACAUGUCAAAUGUCCUUGACCUCAUUUUCAUGGUUCAGUGACCACUUGAAAAAAAAGUUCAGAUUUUUUGUAAUGUUGAAUUCUCUCUUAUUAUAAGUAAUAGGAUAAAUAUAUUUGGUAUGUGCGUACCUUACAAGGUUCUCAUGCCCGUCAGACAGUUUUCACUUGACCUUGACCUCGUUUCAUGGAUCAGUGAACAAGGUUAAGUUUUGGUGGUCAAGUCCAUAUCUCAGAUACUAUAAGCAAUAGGGCUAGUAUAUUCUGUGUAUGGAAGGACUGGAAGGUGUACAUGUCCAACUGGUAGGUGUCAUCUAACCUUGACCUCAUGGUCAUGGUUCAGUGGUUAAAGUUAAGUUUUUGUGUUUUGGUCUGUUUUUCUCAUACUUUAAGCAAUAGGUCUUCUAUAUUUGUUGUAUGGAAUGACUGUAAGGUGAGCAUGUCUAGCAGACAUAUUUCAUCUGACCUUGACCUCAUUUUCGUGGUUCAGUGGUCAAAGUUAAUUUUUUUCAGUUUUGGUGUUUUUAUCAAAUACUAUUUGCCAUAGGUCAACUAGAUUAAGUGUAUGGAAAUAUUUUAUGAUCUAUAUAUUAGUCGCGCAGGUUUUAUUUGAACUUGACCGCAUUUUCACAUGUGAAGAUGUGAAAAAUCAAAUGUACUUCUGCAACUGAAAUAUCAGAAGAAUUGACACCAUUAUUGAAAAAUUCUCCCAUCUCUGGACAGCAGAAUAUGAAUUUUAUAGUAAGAUUAUGGAAAUGAGAAUAACUGAAAUGAAAUAUAAGAUAUAAUUUAAGAAAAAUGUCUGACUAUAAAAUUGGGGGGUUUGUGGAUGAUGCUUUAAUAUCAGACUUUGGAUUAAAAAAAUUACGAAAGAAGGAACCCCCACGUUGAUGAUGCUUUAAUAUCAGACUUUGGAAAAAAAUUUAAAAUUACGAAAGAAGGAACCCCCAGUUAUCAACCCAUAUCCAUAAGACUUUUUAGAAAGAUUGUACACAUGUUGAAAUUAUUCACUUGCUGUUUUUUAAUGAAAUUAUUUAAAGACAUUUUGAACUUAUUUUUUUCCAGCAAAAUUUACAACCUCCAUGCAUGUAAUUAAAUCAUCAUUGUGAACAGUUAACAUUAAUAAGUCGCAAAUAUUGCAACCUGACCAAUUUCCAUUUUUGAAUCUGACCAAUUUCAAUUUUUGAAUCUGACCAUUUUUUUUCAGGAUAACUUUUGAUUAUACUGUACCAAUACUUUUACUUCAAUUCAACAAUUAACUAUUUUGUGAUACAAAACAAUGGAUGGUAUGAAUCAAGGAUUAACUCCAACUCUGAAUUUGCUCAUGUAUUCCCUAAUCUGUAUUGCAGACAAACCACACUACAUUACAGUAUUACAUUUUUUCAGAGCUGCUUGAUAAAAAAGGAAUGAUAAAAAAAAAUAGUCUACAUGAUUUAAAUGUUUCCAAAAUUGUACAUAGCCUUUUAUGAAGGCUUUGGCAAAACCCAAAAAUCAUAUGUCCCACAUAAAUACAAUUUGUCCUAUAUGCCUGAAAAUAGGAAUCCACAAAAAAUAAAUGAAUCCACAGCAUCACAAAAAUUAGGAAUUUUUCAGUGCUCUAUCUUUUUUUUUUUUUUUUUUUUUUUUUUA